UCUCUCCUUCUCUGGAGACAGGAGUGUGUAAAGCUUAUUCAUUGGUUGAGUGGCAAUGGAUUUGAUCGACAAGGCGAAGAACUUUGUGACGGAGAAGGUGGCGAACAUAAAGAAGCCGGAGGCGAGCAUCACCGAUGUGGAUCUGAAACACGUAGGCCGUGACGGUAUAACAUACCAGGCCAAGGUGUCUGUUAACAAUCCCUACGGUGCACCCAUUCCCAUCUGCCAGAUCUCUUACACCCUCAAAAGCGCCGGCAGGGUGAUUGCUUCGGGUACCGUUCCGGACCCAGGGUCGCUGAAGGGAAAUGAUAUUACGCUACUGGAAGUGCCAUUGAAGGUGCCACACAGUGUAUUGGUGAGCUUGGGGAAAGACGUAGGUGCAGAUUGGGAUAUAGACUAUGAAUUGGAAUUGGGUCUCACCGUUGAUCUUCCAGUCGUUGGAAACCUAACCAUUCCGCUCUCCAGUAAGGGAGAGAUCAAGCUGCCUACUCUCACUGACUUGUUUAAUUGAAAACUAUGUAUAUGUACUUUUUUUCCAAGUUGGUUAUGAUGUAAUCUUCUUUAAUCACACAUUUUCUGGUACUUUUAUCUGAAAAUUAUAUAUGGGGUGUCCUUUUUAAUAACUUGUAUAUUUGAUCAAAAAUAAAUAAAUAAAUAACUUGUAUAU